CUUCCUCAAGGUAAGCUGAUAAUAUCCACCUAAGAUGUGCACUGAAAACAAACAUCAGGCUCUGCCGUGAAGUCCAGUUAUGGAUUUGAGGUCAACGCUUGUGGUCGUUGGAGGAUCUGCCUGCUCCUUCAAACUGCUGAACUCGAUCGUCAGGUUCCUGCCGACACCUGCGCCGGCGCGAGAGAAAGCCUGGAAGUGGAGGAAUAUCAGCACUUCUUUAGCUCACAGCGCACUGUCAGGAGCAUGGGCUGUUUCAUGUUUCUACCUUCGACCUCAGAUGGUGGAGGACCUGAUCUCCUCUCAUUCCCUGCUCUCCCACAGCCUUGUAGCUGUGUCUACAGGUUAUUUUAUCCAUGACUUCUUGGACAUGGCCUUUAAUCAGUCAUUCAGACGGUCCUGGGAGCUGCUCCUGCACCACUCUGUGGUGGUCUCCUGCUUCGGUUUGGCUGUAACCACCCGCCUCUAUCUGGGUUUCGCUGUGAUGUCUCUGCUGGUCGAGGUCAACUCCAUUUUCCUUCAUAUGAGGCAGCUUCUCCUCCUGUCAGGACGGAGGAACAGGCCCGGGUCUGAAGUUGCAGUCCCUCGCCCCUCUGUGGCCUACAUGAUGACCAGCUGGCUCAACCUGGGAACGUUUUUGGUGUUUCGCGUCUGUACGCUGGGCUGGAUGGCCCGCUGGCUGGCAGGUCACAGUGAACAAAUACCUCGCUACAUCUUGAUGAUGGGAACAGCAGGCCUGAGUCUCAUCUCCACCAUGAACACAGUGCUGUUUUACAGACUGCUCAGAGCAGACGUCCUCACUAACACACACAACACCAGCAAGAGCCACUAGAGGGAGACAGUGCCAUGUUUCUCCACGGCAAAAAUAACUCCACUGAUCCAGUUUUCUACCUCAUGAUGAAGCUGAACAGUGACACUUCCAGUGUUUGAUUGCUAACUUAAUGUUUAUAUUUAUAAUUGAAAGUAAAUAUUAAGCAAAAGUUAGCAGACAUUUUUAGUGGUGACACAAGUGCAGCUCUCAGCUUCAGUAUAUCCUCUAAGCCACUGGUUUACAACUAACUAACUCUAACUGUGACCCCUUAAAAUGAAGCAGUGCUGAUUUGCAACCUCUUGUUGCUGGUUGCGUUUGUCUACUGCUGAUUUUUACCCUUGUUUUAUUUUUUUUAAAUUAGAUCAUUUUGACAUAAAAUUAUCCUGUAAUUCACAAGAAAAGAGAAGAAAAGAGUUUGGAAAACCUGUUUUAUUUCGUGAAGCAGUAAUAUAUUUAUUCAGAUUAUCGUCUUAAUCUGAAUAAAUAUGUGUGGAUGUGUGGAGGUCCCAGACCAUUCUCUUUUAAUGUUAACACCAACUAUAUAAUAGUGAUGGUAAAACUGAUCAUUUUAAUUUCAUAACAUCACUGCUUCAUGAAAUAAUAAGCUAUUUGUCGGACAUUAUUAUAAAGGACAUUAUUAU